AUGCUCCGCCGAAAGCCAACCGCCAUUGCCAUCACAUCGGAGGACCUUGCUGCCUUCGAAGAAGAACGACUUCGCAAAUUGUCCGAGGAAAACAAGCACCCAGAGCAACACGCCAAAGGAUCCUCCACCGCCAACUUUGACCCGAGCGAUGAGCUAAAGCCACUCCCUGGUGACAAGGCCAGGAUUCAAUGA